GCCCCCCGGGGCUGAGCCGCGCCUGCAACUCCAGCUCCAGACCUGCCUUAGAUUAUGAUGAUGUCAGACAUCACUAAAGACAGAACCGCUCAUUUGCUGAAGAAGAGGGGCAGUGUGUCUUCUCUAAGUAGUCAUGAGUUCCGGCGGAAGGAACCUCAUGGACGUACCAAAGACUCUAUGAGUACAGUGUCCUAUAUGGAUGAACCUUGCCAGCCUGAAGAUGCCUCUCGCCUCACAGUUCACAUGGAAAACACUUAUCAAAUGGGUCCUAUCAAACAUUUUCCUGUGGUCAUUGUCAAUCAUAUUCUGAAAGAUGUGCUAACUACCUACCUACAAGAAGAACAGUAUGAACCAGAACUCUGUAGACAGAUGACUAAAACCAUUUCUGAGGUUAUUAAGGCCCAGGUCAAGGACUUGAUGAUCCCACGAUAUAAGCUAAUUGUGAUCGUUCACAUUGGACAACUGACUGGUCAGAGCAUACUGAUUGGAAGCAGAUGCCUUUGGGAUCCUAAAAAUGAUGCCUUUGCAUCUUUCGUUUUCAGAAAUUCUUCCCUCUUUGCUCUUGCAAAUGUCUACACAGUUUACUUUGAAUGAUUGAAAACAAGAAAUCAAGUUCAUACUCUUUAAAUCAAGAUAUAGGGUAUCUAUGUGCACAACUUUCCCUACCCAAACAUUAGAGAAAGCCACAACACUAAUAUUUCAAACAAUUGGAAGUUUGGGGAUUUUUUC